GUCUUCACAUUAGCAUCACUACCCAUUUAAUUCACCAACAAAGGUCGCCUUUGCCUAGGUCGACCGCAUCGCUCGAACAUCACCGCCUUUUCAGAACCUCCCAGCCUGAAAGAACCUCUAUGCUGAAGUCUGCUACUUUCGCACCCAACACCAUCACGAUCGCCGUCUCGACGCAGAAGAUCGGAACCACUUAUAUUCCCACCGAAUAACAUUAGAUGCAAGCACCCGUGCAAGCACCUGGGUCGCUCCACCCUGAACAGGCCAGCAAGGCCCCGCAGGAUGGUACCGCGAACCCCACCACCCCUACCUCUCAAGGCCCCCUGAGCGCCCCCGCACACACGCUCACGGCCGAACACAUCAUCUCCGCCUUCGGUACGGACGUCGAUAACGGUCUGACCGAAGACGCUGCCCGUCAAGCAUUAGAGAAAUAUGGUCCGAACAAGCUCAAAGAGAUCCCUCCGCCCUCGUUCUGGUCGAUCUUGAUCAGGAACACGUUGAACGCGAUGACCCUGGUCUUGAUCGCUGCGAUGGCCGUAUCGUUCGGAACGCAGGAUUUCAUCUCCGGAGGUGUCAUCGCUGCGCUUGUCGUUAUCAACGUUGGGGUGGGGACGAUCAACGAGUAUCAGGCGGAGAAGACUGUGGCGGCGCUCGAAGCCAUCGGGGCGCCUACCGCGAAUGUCCUCAGGAGAAAGGCGGCUGGGUCGCCAGGAGAGAUCCAGACAAUCAAGACUGAUAUGGUCGUCCCAGGCGAUGUGCUCUUGGUAAAGAUCGGUGACAUCGUGCCCUGCGACGCCAGAAUCGUGACCGGCGAGCUUGCUGGCUUGGAAUGCGACGAGGCAUUGCUCACCGGUGAAUCCUUGCCCAGCGUCAAGACCGAGGACCCGAUCGAGGAUCCCGUCUGCCCCGUCGGUGACCGUACUUGCAUGAUCUACUCUGGAUCUCAAGCUGCCAAAGGACGAGCCAAGGUUAUCUGUGUGGCCACGGGGAUGGACACCGAGUUGGGCAAGAUCUCGGCUGCGCUCUCCCGUAAGGAGACUAACAAGAGAACCGGGUUCGCGGCUACUUGGUACAAGUUCAAGGUCUUCCUCGGUUUGGCGGACACGACUCCCCUGCAGAUCAAGCUCAACAAGCUCGCCUAUAUCGUGCUCUUCUUCGCUUGUAUCGUCGCCGUCAUCGUCGUAGCCUCGACCGGUUUCCAGGAUGUCCCGCUCUCGAUCGCCACCUAUGCCGUCGCUGCCGCCGUCUCGCUAUUGCCAGCGAGUCUUCCCGCCGUCAUUGCCCUCUCCUUGUCGACCGCCAGCAAGCGUCUCGCCGAGUCGAACGCGCUCGUCAGGAGGAUGGACGCUAUCGAGACUUUGGCUGCCGUCACCGACGUAUGUUCGGACAAGACGGGGACGAUCACUCUGGGCAAGAUGGUCACCCGUCGAGUCUGGGUACCGGCUGGUAUCCGUGGGACAGGCGCUUCGGCCGAUUACUCGACCGAUCUCGCUGAAGGUCAAUAUUUCACCGUCGAGACCGCUUCCGAUCCUUUCCUCCCUCGUGGUGCCGUUCGAACGGACUCGAUGGGAGGCGACAAGACUGCGUCGGCUGCCAAGUCCAUGGCUAAUCACCCGACCCGCUCGGACGACUCCAACGACUCUGACGAACAGACCUUGGGUGACGGACCCGUCUGUGACCCCAAUGAUCUCCCGGAACCUUUGCACGAGUUGACACUCUGCGCCGCCUUGUGCAGCUCGGCUACCAUUCAGCGUAUCCGGGACGAGGAGAGCAAGGAGGACGACCUUGGUUGGGAGGGACACGGAGAUGCUACAGAGGUUGCGCUCCAGGUGUAUGCCCACAAGCUCGGAUACGGGAAGCCUCACUUGGCUUCUGGCUCGUCCUCGUCCGGUUCAUCUUCGCCUGCCGCUCAGGACGAGGACCUCGUAUACUCGACCCGCCCUGACAAGUACGAGCUCUUGGUCGAGCAUCCCUUUGACAGUGGGCUCAAAAGGAUGUCCAUGGCGUACCUCUGUACUCCUGGACCCGCCUCGACUGAAAAGGAACCUUACGUUCUCGUCCUCAUGAAGGGAGCUUUCGAACGGGUAUUCGAUCGAUGCACCAGCAUUCUUGCCGACGACCACAAGACCCGCAAGAUCGACUCGGGCGACAACGAAGCGAUUCAGAUCCACUACGAACGGCUCGCCUCGGACGGCCUGCGUGUCCUGACCAUGUGUUCGAAACGUCUCCCUGCAAGCGCUGCAGCUGGACUCAAGGAACUCGCUCGGGACGACCUCGAGGCCGGCAUGUCGUUUUUGGGUCUGGCCGGGAUCUACGACCCUCCCCGUGUCGAAUCCGCCCUCGCCGUCGAAGAUUGUCACAAGGCGUCUAUCAUUCCUCGAAUGCUUACUGGCGAUCAUGUCGGGACUGCUAUCGCCAUCGCUCAACAAGUUGGAAUCUUGCAAAAGGACUACGCCAAAAGCUCGGUGAUGACAGGCCCGCAAUUCGACGCCCUGAGCGAGGACGAGAUUGAUCAGCUCAACCCCUUGCCUUGCGUCGUUGCUCGUUGUGCGCCCGAGACCAAGGUUCGCAUGGUCGAGGCGCUUCAUCGACGCGACCGUCUCUGUGUCAUGACCGGUGACGGUGUCAACGAUGCGCCUUCGCUCAAACGUGCCGAUGUCGGUGUCGCUAUGGGCAAGAACGGUUCGGACGUCGCCAAGCAAUCGGCCGAGAUUGUCCUCUCGGAUGAUAACUUUGCCACCAUCAUCGUCGCCAUCCGUAAAGGUCGUGGGAUCUUUUUCAACCUGGGCAAAUUUAUGAUGUACCUCAUGUCAUGCAACGUCGCCCAGAUCGUCCUCAUGUUGAUCGGUCUCGCCUUCAAGGACGGUCAGGAUCGAAGCACGUUCCCCAUCUCUCCUGUCGCCAUUCUCUGGAUCAACACGCUUUGCGCCGGACCUCCUGCCCUCGCGCUCGGACUGGAAGAGACGCCCAGCGACGCGAUGGAACGACACCCCUCCGAGUACAAAAAUCUGUUCACCUUUUGGUGGCUCUUCGACACCAUCUUCUUCUACGGUUUACUCAUGGGGGCAAUUGCGAUCGGGAACUUCACAGCAGUCAUGUGGGGUUAUUUCGACGGCUAUCUGGGCAUCAACUGUAACGAGGACCUCCGCGACGACAUCUGCAACCACACCGGCCGUGCUCGGGGUGCAGUUUUCGCCACCUUCCUCAUCGUCCUGAUCCUUCACGCCUUUGUCUGCAAACACCCCACGCAAUCCGUUUUCCGCAUGAACUGGCUCGAAAACAAGGCCCUCUUGUGGUCGGCGAUCGGGCUCUUGGUCAGCGUCUUCCCCGUCAUUUAUAUUCCGGUCAUCAACGACAAGGUCUUCCUGCUGUUCCCCAUCAAGUGGGAGUGGGGCAUGGUCUUUGCAAGCUCCUUGGUCUUUGUCGCGAUCACGGAGAUCUACAAAUUCUUCCGUCGUCGACUCGACCGAAAGAGUCACCCGGCAUUCAACGACAAGCACCACGGAGAAGACGCGUUGGCCGACGAGAAGCGGGUCAAAGUGAACGAAAAGCAGACCAACACGGCUGUUUGAUGGCAAGGCGCUUGGUACUUGGCUUCAGCCAUGUCUGCAAU